AGCUUCAGAUGAGGAACCAACGCUCAUCUGUCACCAUGGAGAUUCCACAACGCUUUAGGACUGCAACAAAACCUCAACGACAGACCACUACUCAACCCCAACCUCAACCCCAGACCACUACUCAAACCCAACCUCAACCCCAGACCACUACUCAAACCCAACCUCAACCCCAGACCACUACUCAAACCCAACCUAAACCACAGACCACUCUUCAACCCCAACAUCAACCCGAGACCACUGUUCAACCCCAACCUCAACCCCAGACCACUACACAACCCCAAUCUCAACCACAGACUACUAUUCAACCCCAACAUCAACCCCAGACCACUACUCAACCCCAACCUCAACCGCAGACCACUACUCAACCCCAGACCACUACUCAACCCGAACAUCAACUGCAGACCGCUACUAAACUCCAGACCACUACUCAACCCCAACCUCAACCCCAGACCCCUACUCCACCGCAGACCACUACUCAACCUCAACAUCAACCGCAGACCACUACUAAACCUCAGACCAAUGCUCAACUCCAACCUCAACCCCAGACCACUUCUAAGUCUCAACCCCAACCCCAACCCCAACCUCAACACCAGACCCUGACCAAAGAACUGGCCCCGCUCCCUACCUGGUCGCUGUGUCUGAAGGGUACACCUUCUGUCCAGAACUCUGAGGCAGCCUUCCUGUCCCUGCUGCUCUUCUGCCACAGUGGCUCCAGUAGCAGUAAGAUUGCAAUUGACAACAAGAUUGAGCAAGCCAUGGACUUGGUGAAGAGCCACCUGAUGUUGGCUGUGAGAGAGGAGGUGGAGCUACUGAGGAAGCAGAUCAACCAGCUGUCAGAGAGGAACGCCCAGCUGGAGAGAGAGAACAACAUAUUGAGAGCACUGAGAGACAGACACAGACAAUAACGCAAGCAUCCACGCACACACACAUACACAGAGAGAAGCUAACAGUAUUAGUACAUGCCUUUCACUUGCAUUUUUUAAAUUUCCAGGCGAGUCAAUAAAGAACAAAUUCUUAUUUGCAAUGACAGCCUGGCUAUGAUGAUGAUGAUGAUGAUGAUGAUGUAGUCUCUUGUAAUGAUGAUGCUGUAGUUAUGAAGAGGCCUGGUUGCCAGUCUCUGUAA